AUGGGAUACUCCGUGGUACUCUCUAAAGGUCAGCCCCACGCGACGACGCUGCGCAUUUACGAAGAAGUCGUGGAGGAAUCCGAGCGCGCGCACUGCGAUUGCUGUCGAUGCAUCGGUUGGGUGCAUCAUCCGGUGAACAAGAAGCAGUAUCAUUUCAUCGUGCACACCGAUUUCAAAGCUCGGAACAAACCCGAACUCACGGGUAAGCGCAUUUGUCAGCUUUGCUGCUGCGCCGUGAGCUCGAGCGAACGUAAGUGCUCGGUAUGCGACGAAGUGGACAAAGAAUGUUCCAUUUUAGAUCACCAGACACAUCUUUUACACGGCAUGAUUCACGCAAACGGUUUCGGUCACCUGAAACGCAUCAAUGGGCGCGAAGCGGGGAGCAUGGCGCUGAGUGGAACGCAAUUGAUGGGUUUAUGGGAAACAAUUUGCUACCAGCUUCGCGCGAGAGAGGUGAGUGUGGAGGAUGUGAGUCAGAAAUACGGUGUAGAGCUUCGUUUGUUGAAUCCGGUUUCGCGCGGCGCGACGUGGUACGGGACGUACGGCUACAUCUUCGGCAAGGGAAGCUUCGGGAACACCCUGAUGACGCACAAGCGAGCGAGCGAGCUUUUACGCAAGUUUCCAGUGCGACAACUUCGUAACGAUUUUUCGUACGUCAAGGAUCUUUUAGAUAAGGAAGGAAACGAAGACGCCGUGGACGUCGUGGCAUUGGUGGACAAGUAUGUGAAAAUCUUCAACAACGAGGAUAUCGGGAUCAACACUGUGGGUGAUUUGGUCAACAACGUCAUGAUGUUGCAAAGAGAUAUUCGUCUGGCCGUUAAGGAAGGUCGUCGACCGCCCGAGCGAUUGGCCCUGCACGGCGUGGCUGCAGUAUUAGCGGGCACAAAGAUUGUCGACAAGAAGGGCGAGUACAAGCGCAAUAUCACAGAUUCUCCGAAAUUAGCCAGACGUCCGCCACCGAAUUCACAACAAGUGUCAAAGAAGGCAAAGACGAGUGCAGCUCCGCCGCCGCCGCGGACCGAGCGAGCUCGCGCGCUUCGGCGUCGCGACGAAGAAAGUCCCGCCGUUGCGCCAGAGGAUAUUAAAAUCAACUUGCCGAGUGAUCCGAUGGUACACUGGGAUUCGCGCGGUCGGGACUCGCACCAUGCGCCGAGCACGACGUCAAGAUGGAGUCAGGCGAGACUUAACGUCGCGGCCAAUGCGUGCGUACUCGCCCUGAACGAUCAGCGAGACCGAUGGAUUUCUAGACAAGAAGUUCGCGCCGGUGCGAGAGAAAAGGGCAUUGGCGACACGGGACUCUUGGAUCACAUCUUGAAGACGCUCAAUGACCGUCAAGUGACGCUUCCGAGUGGAAAACAAUGUAUCGUUCGUCGUCGUCAGGGUAAGAAUCAGAUGGAGUUCACGUUAGAGGUGACACGCUCGAAGCCGCUGCAACUCGUCGCCAUCAAGGACGAAGCGCCGACGCCAGUGAAAGUUGAGCCGCGAUCGGAAGUUACGCCAGCGAAAAUGCUCGCGCAAAAGUUCAAGAACGGUCGCGUAGCUCGCACUGUGGAUGAGCUCACCGCGGCAGAGGUGGAUCGGGAUUUGCUCACGUUGUACCACGAUGUGCUGGAAAGCUACAAACCGGCGCGGUUGCAAAAGAAUGCGGGUCAACGCGUCACCGUCAAAGGUGCUCCGCUCAUCGAAGCAGCUCGUACGCUUCUCGAUACGAAACAAUUCGUCAAAAUUUACACCCCAGUCGAAGAUUUGCUCGAUUCCACGCCAGCGAGUAAGCUGGUCAAGCCGGCACCGAAUGCUCAAAAGGCUAUUCGAAUCAUCGUCACGGCGGUCAUCGACACUCGCAAUCAAGGUCCCCUGCUCAGUGGAUUGGGCGCAAACAACGGCAAGUCGCGUCAACGCAUCGGAACGAUCACGCGGCCACCCCCUGAGAUGGUUUGGCUUCCAAGUGAUCCUACGCUCGGUGAUUUGAAGCGCGUUGCGUCCAAGGCGUUUCGAGAUUUGUACGUCGUCUUGUCCGACUUCAAAGUGACUCGAGUGAAAGGGUACGAGGGCGUGAGCGACAAGACUCGCUUGGGUUGGCGUAAAAUGCACGGUGCGUUCGUCGAAGUCCAUGGCGAGGGCGCUGAUUUAGAAAGUGAAUUCCGUUACCAGGGCGGCUUGGAACAGUGGACGGUCAAGUGCAUGUGCGGCACAGGAGACGACGACGGCGAACGAAUGAUCGCGUGCGACGAGUGCGGUAUUUGGAUGCACACUCGCUGCGUCGGCAUCAAGGAUAGCGCCAAGGCGCCUAGCAAUUGGAUUUGUCCUAAAUGCGCGCCUACUCCAGCGGUGGCAGUCGACGUCGCCCCCAAGGCACCGAGACCUGCGCCUCGAAGACGACGCGAGUAAGACAUGCUUUU